AUGGCUACGCUAAACCCAUUUCCAUUAGUGAUUUCAACUGGUGCCAUGUUCCAACUCUUCAUUUUUGUCCUUCUGUUGUGGCCAGCUGAGCCCUCAGUAGGUACCUACAUAGCAGUGGUGGGUCAAACUGCCCUUUUACCAUGUUCCUACGUGGUUAAUCCAAGAAACCAAACUGUGCCCAUAUGCUGGGGUAGAGGCAUCUGCCCCAUUAGUCAAUGUAGUGAAGAACUUCUCAGGACUGAUGGAUGGAGAGUGACAUAUCAGAAGAUAAAGAGAUACCAGUUAAAGAGUGAUCUUGUCAGAGGAAAUGUGUCUCUAACAAUUGAGAAUGUGGGAGAAGCAGACAGUGGGACUUAUUGCUGUAGGAUACAAUUUAAAGGCCCAUUUAAUGACCACAAAACAACUCUGGAGUUAGUGGUCAAACCAGCCGAGACAACCACCUUCAGACAUCAAACACAGCCGACUUCAAGAAAUACCCGGUCUAAUAACCCAACAGGAUACUAUUUUGCCACUGAGGAUAGCUUUAGCUUCAUCACAGAAAUUUUGGAAAUAACUUCACCAGCUAAUGAGUUACGAAAGUCUGGAAACUCCACAAGAAUUGAAAUAUACAUUUGUGUUAGUAUCUUUAUGACACUAGUCUUAGCUCUUGCCCUGGGUAUCUUAAUUCUCAAAAGACAUUUCUGUAGCAAAAAGAAGUUGCAGAAAUCCAGUGUAAUCUCCAUGGCAAAUCCACUCCCCCAAGACCUAAGAAAUAUAGGAAGAGAGAGAAUGCAAGUUGAAGAAAACAUCUACAACAUAGAAGAGAACACUUAUGAAAUUCCAGAUGAAUAUGAAUAUUCAACACCAGCAUCGUGACUUUACAAAGCAGAAAUAACUCUAAUGAGGUCCUUGCUCAUCUUAUUUCAAGCCCACUGAUCACCCUUAGGUGAUUGUGCUGCCCCACUCCUCAAACAUCUUUAAUUGGUCCAUAUUUUAUAUAGGCUAAAACACCAAUUCUUAGGUCUGGAAUUUAAGCCCUCCACAAUCAGACUCCAACCUACCUUUCCAAAAUGAUUUCACAUUAUUCCCCAACAUGUACUCUCCAUUUCAGCCAAACUGGU